GGUUGCGAACGCAAUGUGCUGAACAGAAUUUUUAUUGCCGGAACUAGAUGGCCUAUUCUAUUAAACCCUUUUGCUCAAUUUCCCCUCCGACAGAGUGUAUUCGCAAUGGCGGCCGACGGCGGAUCUAUGAAUGCCGCCUCAGCCCGCCAGGCUUGCGUAGUAUGUAAGACGAGGAAGAAAAAGUGCAACAAACUGCUACCUUCUUGCGGGUACUGUAUACGGAAGGGAUUGCAGUGUGUAUACAUGCCAGUCCCCCAAACACAUUCUUCGGAACCUGUCAAACACCGUCAUGCUGCUUCAGGUUGGGGCUCACGGCCGUCACUGGAGAUUGUAUCGUGUCGUAGAUCGCUCGCUGCCGUGUUGUCGCAAAGAUCAACCGAAGCUGAGACUGGGCAGUUCAGUGCUCCCCCAUUCAAUAUCAAACUCAGACGUUCUGUGCUCAGUUUCUACACUGCCCGAGUUCCACGACUGAACGUGUUCGAAAGAGGUGCAAUUAAGCUAAUCAAGAGUAUAGCCAAAUUUAUCUUGAGGUCUACGGCCUCAUCCGUGAAACGGAGCAGUUUGUUGAGGACAUCAGCACUCGCUUCUUCCAGGGAUUCCAUCGUCAUCUGCCAAUCGUCUCUCGCACUCGCUUCUACAACAACCUGAUAACUUUGGGAUCAACGCCAACCGCAGAUUUUUCCAUUUUACUCCUGGCCAUCUGUCUCAUUACAUACAGUCCUGCAGCAGGCUGCCAGCCCAGCCAGAGCAACGCUUCCCAGACCUCCUCCAAACAAGCUCUCUACCUGAGUGCCAAAUCUCUGUUCGCACAAAUCCAGGUCUCCUGUUCCCCAUCUGUCUCCUUGAUACAAGCAGGUAUUUUGUUGGCGAUGUAUGAGUACAUAAACGGGCGACCAGACGAUGCCUUUAUUACCCUCGCAAGCGUCACACGGUUGGCGUAUUGCGCUCGUAUCCACAUAUGUAAUGGACAAGAGACACAAAUUCUGUCUGAAAGUGGCCAAACCCCCGAUUCUGAUCUUCUACUGCUCCAUGAAGAGGCGGUGAACACUUGGUGGGGAAUUGUGAUAUGCGAAAGGAUCUUUCUUUGUGAAGCAGGAGUGAUAGAGCAGCCGACGAUAACAGUGUUUCCGGAUGCCAAUGCUCGAUUGCCAAUUGAACCUCAGGUACUUGACCACCUAGAGUCGCGAGGCCCGGAACCUCUGCCUAAUAUUCCUGUCUCGUGUAUCACGUCGCCAAGUGUGGGCGCCUUUGGCAGGACAGUGCAAGCAGCUUGUCUCCUAGACCAGGUGCUCAAGGCUACGCUUCCUUCUACCGACAUCGAUUCCAGGCUGCUCCAGCUAGACAGACUGGAUGCAAAUCUUCAAAGCUUCUUGACGUUGAUGUUGCCCAAGAGCCAGGAGCAGCCUGGUCUCUACUGCACAGUGGUGCACAUUGCCAUGAGGGCCCUCUUCACCUUGCACGGGCACAUCCUCGACCAGAAGCCGCAGGUCGUCCGCGCCAAUUUCCAGUCGCUGGAGCAGUGGCAACAGAGGUCGCGGGAAGCCCUUGACACCGUCACGAAGAUGGCGCUCGACAUUCUCCAAUUCCUUAGCGCCGCCCAUCUCGAAUCUGCCGCAACGCCGAGAAUCGAUGCCAUGCCCCCCAUGUACCCUUACGUCGCGUGCGCUGCUCUCGACCAUCUUCAUCACACUUCUCAGAACAAAGAUGUCGCAUGGCUGGCCGGAGCAGUGGACCUGCUUCGAAGAUUCUUUGCCAGGUACUAUCAACACUGGACCGUGGGUGAGAGGCGUGUGAAAGAUCAAGCAGCUGCGGGAGAGAAAGGGGACGGUUCGGCGGCGUGACCUUGUGCUACCCGUGUGCUUGCACAUCUGUAGCAGCUUCAAAAAGCCCUGCUAAGAGCACGAAAGUUCUCGUACGCAUCGGGCGAGUGCAUCCGUCUUUAGGUUUCUUUGAGCAAUAUAUCUCUUGUUAACGUAUGCAC